GACCGAAGCAGAGGCAUCCAUCUCUCCCCUCCUUCGGCUUUCACAUCCGGGUUACGCGCCACUGUUUGUCUCCCGCGUCUGUGGCGUCUGGACCGCGGAAUCGUUUCCGUCCCGUCCCCCGCCGAAGGAAGCACCGCGACGCGCCGCAGCCUCUCGCCCGACUCGGCGCCACGCAGGGCGGUCGCAGCUCCCGGCGCGAGUCGGUGAUGUCGCCCAGCUGCGGCGAGGCGGGCACGAGGCGGCGGUGGUGAACGCGGCCGGUCGGCGGCGAAGCGCGUCGCCCCUCGCGACGAUGUCGAAAAGCCUCAAGAAGAAGAACCACUGGACCAACAAAGUCCACGAAGCCGCCAUCGGUCGCGGCAAGGACGGCGAGCUGGGCUUCGAGCUGAAGGGGGGCGCCGAGCUCGGCCAGUUCCCCUACUUGGGCGAGGUGAAGGCGGGCAAGGGGCUCGUCCAGAGCGGCAAACUGGCCGAGGAUGAGCUGCUGCUGGAGGUCAACGACAUGCCCGUGGCCGGCCUCACCGGCCGGGACGUGCUGGCCGUCAUCAAGCACUGCAAGGACCCGGUCCGCUUCAAAUGUGUCAAGCAAGGGGGCGUUGUUGACAAGGACCUGCGGCACUACCUCAACCUUCGCUUCUCCAAAGGCUCCGUGGACCACGACCACCAGCAGAUCAUCCGAGACAACCUGUACCUGCGCACCGUCCCCUGUACGACCAGGCAGCCCAAGGAGGGGGAGGUGCCGGGGGUGGACUACAACUUUGUGACUGUGGAACGUUUUAUGGAAUUGGAGCAAAGCGGAGCCUUGCUAGAGAGCGGAACCUAUGAAGAUAACUUCUACGGCACACCCAAGCCGCCAGCAGAACCGUCCCCGGCAGCCCCUCCCCUUAAUGUGAGUGAGGCCCUGCUGCCCGGUGCCCGGCCCAGCGCCCAGGGCAAGAGGAAGAGGAACCAGUCGGUCAGCAACAUGGAGCAGCGCGCCAGCCUGGAGCCGCCCGAGGAGGAGGAAGAGGAGAGCCCCGUCGUCAAUGGCAACGGAGUGGCCAUCACGCCAGAGUCCAGCGAGCACGAGGACAAGAGCACCGACGCGUCCGGGGAGGUCGCCGUGGAAACCUGCAGCCAAGCGGCAGCCACCAGCGAGCCCCCGCCUGAGGCGGAGGACGCCCCCAAAUCUCCGGACAAGUCCCCCAACAAAGUCCCGGAUGUGGACGAGGAAGAGCUGGGUCCUCUGCCCGACAACUGGGAGAUGGCGUACACGGAGAAGGGGGAGGUCUACUUCAUCGAUCACAACACAAAGACCACGUCAUGGCUGGACCCUCGGCUGGCCAAGAAGGCAAAGCCCCCGGAAGAAUGCAAGGAGGACGAGCUGCCCUACGGCUGGGAGAAGAUCGAUGACCCCAUCUACGGCAGCUACUACGUGGAUCACAUCAAUCGCAGGACUCAGUUUGAGAAUCCAGUCCUGGAAGCAAAGAGGCGCCUUGAGCAGCAGAGGCAGAUGCAGAGUCAGGGACUCUCCGCUCUCCCGCUGCCCACCAUUUACAGAGAAAAGCCGCUGUUCACGAGGGACCCGACCCAAAUGAAAGGCACGUUUCUCUCCACGGGCCUGCAAAAGAGCAACAUGGGAUUCGGCUUCACAAUAAUCGGAGGCGACGAGCCCGACGAGUUCCUGCAAGUGAAGAGCGUCAUUCCAGAUGGGCCGGCUGCUCAGGACGGAAAGAUGGACACGGGUGACGUAAUCGUGUACGUGAACGACAUCUGCGUGCUGGGCACCACACACGCCGAUGUUGUCAAGCUCUUCCAGUCGGUGCCCAUCGGUCAAAGCGUGACGCUGGUGCUCUGCAGGGGCUACCCUCUGCCCUUCGACCCCGAGGACCCCAACGCGGCUGCCGGCAGCUCCAUGACGCCCAUCGGGAUGGAGCACCGCCCUCUGGUGGUGAACGGCCGCAGCGGCUACGAUCCUUACCUGGAGUAUCUGUCCCUGAGCUCCCAGCUGCCCGCCCUGGCGCAGGCCGGAGCGUCCCACCCGGGUGACACGCACCUGGACGGCUCCUCGCUGACGCCCGCCACGCCCGGGUCGGCGUCGGGGCUCACGCCGCACGAGGACAACGUGUCCGCGGCCUCUCCGGGGACGCCGGGCGUCGCCGGGGUGACGCCGCAGGCCGCCGAGCUGCUGACGGUUACCAUGGUGAAAGGAGCGGAGGGCUUCGGGUUCACCAUUGCCGACAGUCCCACUGGCCAGCGGGUCAAACAGGUUCUGGAUCCGGGUUCGCAGGCGGCGUCGGGCCUGAUCGAGGGCGAUCUGAUCCUGGAGGUGAACCAGCAGCCGGCGGCGGCGGCCGGCCACGGGCGUGUGGUGGAGAUGCUCAAAGAGUGUCCCGUCGGAGCUGAAGCCACGUUGCUCAUUCAGAGAGCGGCGACAGGCCACAUCUCUCCAUGGAAGGCCUCUAAACAGUUACCUGACCAGUGGGACCCGCACGGAAGCCCCCAGGCCAACCUGUCGGGUCCUGUUCUGCCUCCAGGCACGCCCUUCCCCAACCAGCCCCAGCACCGCACAUCCGUGCCGGACUCCACCGAGGGCUUCGACCUGAACAAGCCGGAUCCGUACGACCUUUACGAAAAGUCCAGGGCUAUCUACGAGAGCCGACGUCCGGAGUACGAAGAGGUGGAGGUGCACUUGCUGAGGGAGAAGAGCGGCUUCGGCUUCCGCAUCCUGGGGGGAGACGAGGCCGUGCAGGCUAUUGUGAUCGGCGCCAUCAUCGAGAACACCCCCGCCGAGCGCGACGGCCGACUCCGGCCGGGGGACGAGCUCAUCUCGGUGGAUAAAAACGUGGUCGCCGGGAAGCCGCACAAGUACGUCAUCGACUUGAUGCACGCCGCCGCUCGCAACGGCCAAGUCAGCUUGACCGUGAGGAGGAGGCUGCACAUGCCCGGCGAAGGGUGCCCCGUAAACGGCCGCAGCCCCAGCUUAGUGUCCACUCAGCACAGCUCGCCCCGCAACGACGCCGCGGCCCCGGGCGCCCCCGCAUCCUCCGCCGCCGUGGCCUCGGACGGCUCGGCCUUGCACACCAGCGACGUGCUCAUUCACCGCAAGGAGAACGAAGGCUUUGGCUUCGUCAUCAUCAGCUCCCUCAACAGGCCGGAGAACGCCGCUGUCAUCACCGUGCCCCACAAAAUCGGACGUAUAAUCGAGGGCAGCCCCGCAGACCGAUGCGGCAAACUAAAAGUGGGCGACCGGAUCUUGGCGGUGAACGGCCAGUCCAUCAUCAGCAUGCCGCACGCCGACAUCGUCAAGCUCAUCAAAGACGCUGGCCUCACGGUCACGCUGCACAUCAUACCAGAGGAAGGCUCCCAGUCCGGGCCCGGCUCAGAAAAGCAGAGCCCCAUGACCCAGAAACACGGCACCCAGCCCAGCCCCGGAGUCCUGACGAGCCAAGGCGGCGCCCAGCUGGCCGGUCAGGCGGUCCUUCAGACGGGCCAGGCGUCGGUCCAGCCUGCUCAGGCACCAGCUCAGACCGGCCAAAUCCUCAUUUGUCCUCCGGCACCGGCGGCAUCGCACCCGGCGCCGGCCGGAACGCAGCAGAGCCCCGUCGGCCAUCCCUCUGGACCCCCGCCGCAAGUCUACCUACAUGACGGAAGGUCUGAGGUUAAAGCCAGACAGGAUGUGAAACCUGACUUCCGCCAUCCUCCGUUCACUGAUUACAGGCAACCACCCGUAGACUACCGGCACCCGCCGGUGACCGAUUACCGGCAGCCCCCGACGCUGGACUACCGGCACCCGCCCGGCCUGCUGGACUUCAGACAGCACACGGCAGCCGCGCAGUUCCCCCUGGGGAUCGCUGCGGAGUUUCGGCCGCAGAUUCCCCCUCUGCAGGACUUUGAUUACUUCACAGUGGAGCUGGAGAAAAGCUCCAAAGGUUUCGGUUUCAGCAUCCGCGGGGGCAGAGAGUACAAGAUGGACCUGUUUGUGUUGCGCCUCGCCGAGGACGGCCCCGCCGUACGCAACGGGAGGAUGAGGGUUGGGGACCAAAUCAUCGAGAUCAACGGCGACAGCACUCGGGACAUGACUCACGCCCGGGCCAUCGAACUCAUCAAGGCGGGGGCCCGCAGGGUCCGACUGCUGCUGAAGAGAGGCACGGGACAGGUGCCGGAAUACGACUGUGUCGGCCCCUGGGAUUCCCUUCCUACAAUCCACUCUGCCCUGCCGGAAGUGACCCUCGAAGUCCAACAGAGUCCAUUGCCUGCAUCCCAUCCGGCCGCAUCCCUGGAUUCCCCUCAUCCGCUCCCUCUAGAGGCCGCGGCGUGCAUGGCGGCGGACAAAGCUCCACAGGUGACGACGGACCACAGCUCCUCGGCUCGAGGGGCUACAGGUGGCAGGUCCACCCAGCAGAAGUGCAUGAUCCGAGGGCAGGGAGGAGAGGCCGAGCGCGGGCCGGGCACCAGGCAGCCUCGGGUUUUGCCCGCCAAAGCCGUCCUGGGGAGGCAGAGGGACGCUUGCUCCCCCUGCUGUGACGGAAUAGGGUUGGGCACCCAGGCGGCGGGCGCUCUCUGGCCGUGGGACCCUUACCUGAGUGUUAUUCCCAACGGAACCUCUCUGGCUGGCGGAGACGCCCAUGCCGGCCUCCAGGAGAGGCUGCUGACCAGAGGGCUUUACACCAGAGAGGAGGAGCGUUCCGGGGGUCACUCCGGCCUCUUCUGCCCCUCUAAGAGCACCGAGGAGCCCCCCGCCAGGAGAGCUGCCGCCACCUCCCCGGGGCCCUGGAACAUCCCCGGGCCGGAUAAACUGCCUGCCACCCUGAGGUCCUGGACCUCCACUGUCAGCAGGUAGACGGGAUCGGCUUUUUAUCAGUUUUCCCUUCUUCAUCCUGUCCUCAACUCAUAUUCAGAUAUUCAUUUACAAGAGGAUUAUUACACCCGCCACCUUAAAAAGCUGAUCAACUCUCACAGUUGUUGUAACAUAGCGGGAGGAGCCCGAUGAUGCACACCCAAAUAUUUUUUGGGUCCAUGCAGACAGAAAAACCUCUAGAACAGUGUUUCCCGACCUUUAUUGGCUAUUUGCGGUGGAUAAGGACCGAGCCCUGCGAAUGAUUGAGUCCCCCCCCCAAAAAAACAAUUAUUAUAAAUGCCUCAAUAAAUAGAUUAUAAAUGUGAAUAUACAAGAAACCAGGAUCCCAAAACACUUCAAUAUCAUCACUUCCAAAAGAAAUGGCCCCAGAGGUUGGGAAUCAUGGUUCUACAAGUCGGUCCCACAUUACUCCUCACAUGCCUAACAAAUAUAUCAUAUACUGUAAAUGUAAAGAUGUCAAAAAUGUGUACAUUUAUUGUUGUAAACAAGCAGAUGAAGAGGAUCCAAAAACACCAGGAUGGAAUUAUUUCGGAUCCGAUCGUCCCGUCCCAUCCCGAGCCUCGACUGACUACAUAUCAAAGACGCGGCCGCAAAAUGGCCACCCUCUGCAUGGGACUCCCAAAACGUGAACGAGGGCCACUUUGUUCUCCUUUUUUUUUUUUUUAAUA